AAUACUUUCCGUUGUAUGAGUAAAAUAGAGAUCAUCUCAUCAUGUCUGGAAGAGGCAAAGGCGGUAAAGGACUCGGAAAAGGAGGCGCUAAGCGUCACCGUAAGGUGCUGCGCGAUAACAUCCAGGGAAUCACCAAACCCGCCAUUCGUCGUCUAGCCCGCCGCGGCGGAGUCAAGCGCAUCUCCGGUCUGAUCUACGAGGAGACCCGCGGUGUGCUGAAGGUGUUCCUGGAGAACGUGAUCCGCGACGCCGUCACCUACACCGAGCACGCCAAGAGAAAGACCGUCACCGCCAUGGACGUUGUGUACGCGCUCAAACGACAGGGACGCACCUUGUACGGCUUCGGAGGAUAAACCGCAUCAGAUCCGAGAACAAACCCAACGGCUCUUUUAAGAGCCACCCACACUCUCACUUAAAGAGCUCAUGGUGCUGCAUAUUAUACGAAAAGUGUUUAUACAGCCGUUACAAAUAGUUUAGUCUUAUGGAUCUGAUAGGUCGUUGUUGUUUUUAAAGAUGCUUUAAGCAUCAGUGCAUUUUAGACGUUU